AUGGUGAUUAAGGCUGUUGAGAGGGAUGAGAUGAUGACUUUAGCUGAGAACCUUGGCAAUGCUGAUCUUGUUGAAGAAGCUUCACUUGGAGAUGUAAAGAUUUUGAAGGUCAUUGCAAUCAAAGAUAUGGGGACAACAACCUCUGUUCUUGUCCGUGGUUCCGAUCAGCUUCUUCUUUAUGAAGCCGAGGGGAAUCUACACGAUGAUUUAUGUGUUGUCAUGUGUAUGGUGAGCAAGAGGUUUUUGACUUCAGGAGAUGGUGCACCAGAGAUUGAGCUCUCAAGGCAGCUAGGUGCUUGGGCUAAGAUUCUCCAUGGAAUGGAAGGUUUUUGUGUGAAGUUUUUCGCUGAAGCUCUCUGGUUAUUUCCUUACACGCUAGCUGGGAAUGCAGAGUUAUCAAGAAACAAAGAAUGA